UUUAAUAUAAAAAUAUUAAUUCAUACUUCACAUCUCAUCACAUUGAAAUCACAAUAAAGUAUUUCACCCCUUACAGCAAAAUAUUAAACGUAGAACACCACACACGUUUAUUAGCUAAAUGCACGAUUUCUUUGCACUGUAAUUCUACUAAACCUCUCCUCCAACAUGCGAAUACAGAACCUGUAAAAGAUGAAAAACCUUGCAUGGUUAAUAAUCACCGAAGAAAGUUUCCCCUACGAAGCCCCCUCAUUCACGAAGCAUGUGGAGAAGUUCAUCGAAACGGAGAAGCGCGCGCUUGCGUUCUGACAGUAUCGUGUUGAAAGUUUCUAUCCUAUCGGUCAGUCGACAGUGUGCACUAGAGCUGCCAGUAUGUAUGAUCGAUCAUACACCAUAGUUGACGAUCAAUUGAAAAACAACCAUUACCAGAACGACAUACAUUACACGCUGCAGAUGUGUCAAUGGCUGUUGAAACUGAUUGGAGUGUGGCCCCUCGUUAACGAUCACACGAGCAAACUGGAACAGCUCCUCUCAGUCGUAGUUAUGAUCAUAUGCUUCUGCAGCAUAUUCUUCAUCAUCUUACCAUCUGGCCAUCACUUCUUUUUCGUAGAGAAAAAUCUUUACAUGAAGGUGAAAAUGCUCGGUCCAGUUGGCUUCUGUGUAUUUGCCACAGUUAAGUACAGUUACCUUGCCCUAAAAGGAGCCUUCCUGCAGAGGUGCAUCCGACAGCUCAAAAAUGACUGGAAGAGAGUGCAGGAUCCGAGUCAUCGGCAGAUUAUGUUAAAAUACGCAGGCAUUAGCAGAAAGCUUAUUACCAUGUGUGCCGUUUUCAUAUAUACAGGUGGAAUGUCCUAUCACACGGUGGCGCAAUUCUUGUCCACGGAUAAGACUAGAGAGAAUUACACAGUUAGACCAUUGACUUAUAUCGGUUACGAUCCGUUUUUUAAUACGCAAUCUAGUCCUACCUAUGAAAUCGUGUUCUUUCUUCACUGCUUCGCUGCUAUGAUUAUGUAUAGCAUCACCACGGUUGCAUAUGGUUUGGCUGCAGUGUUUGUUACUCAUGUUUGUGGCCAGAUUCAAAUACAGAUUGUGAGGUUACAGAAUUUGGUGGAGAGCAAGGAUCGUGACCUUUUCGCUGUUAUUGUGCGUGAUCACGUAGAAACUUUAAGAUUUUCGAAAAAUAUCGAAGAUGCUUUGUACCAGAUUUGCUUGACAGAGAUCGUAGAGUGCACGAUGAAUAUGUGUAUGCUGGAAUAUUACUGUUUGAUGGAAUGGGCAAGCACUGAUCUAAUCGUUACAUUCACUUAUAUUACUCUGCUGACUUCCUUUACAUUUAAUAUAUUUAUAUUUUGCUACAUAGGUGAACUACUUUCUGAGCAGUGUAGCGAAAUUGGUACAGUUUCUUAUGAAAUCGACUGGUAUAACUUGCCAGCUAAAGAAGCUUACGAUCUCAUUCUACUGAUCUCUAUAUCUCAGUAUCCACCAAAACUAACUGCCGGAAAAAUAAUUGAAUUAUCUUUGAACACUUUUAGCUCCGUAGCAAAAACAUCAUUAGUUUAUUUGAAUUUACUUCAAACAGUUGCAGAUUGGUAAGAACACUUAUAUCUUUCACUAUCGUAACCAUACAAUUGUAUUAUGCUACUAUUAAAAAAUUAUUUUUGCAGAUAUCACUUAUUAAAUCUAAAAUGCAGGUAUCAAAAUUAAUCAUAGCAGAUAAUCAAUCUAAAUUCGAAUUGUUUCAAAUUUGUUCAGUAUUAAAAUCAAUGAGAGAAAA